AUGCUAGAUGAUGUCUUUGCUGCAGAGCCGACACCUCCGUCACAUUCAGCGAAUGGACUGGAGGAAACCGCAAAGGCCUUCCUGGAUAUCUUGGCCUCGUCAAGGAAACCUCUUUAUGAGGGUGCCAAGCUCUCUAUGCUGGAUGCCAUGUCGCAACUGAUGGCAGUCAAGGCCGAGUAUGGCUGUAGCCGAGGUUUCGAAGCAUUUUUGGGAGUAUGGGCUAACAGCCUCCCUGAGGGCCAUGAACUGCCGAAAACCAUGUACGCUAUGAAGAAAAUCAUGAAGACACUCUCCAUGGAUUAUGAGAAAAUGCAUGGUCAGAAGCAGCAACUAAAAAUCCCUGUGAAGGUUUUCCGGUAUCUUGAUUUUAUAAAAAGACUAGGGAAAAGGUACAAUCCAAAUAAAAUUGUACAUCCAUCAGAAGGUGAAGCAUGGAAGUCAUUCGAGAUAGAAUACCCGGAGGAAGCAACCGAGGCUGGGAAUGCCAGAAUUGCUAUAUCAGGUGAUGGGUUCAAUCCAUAUGGUAUGUCGUCUAAUCCAUACAGCCGCUGGCCCGUGUUUGUUAUUCCGCUCAAUCUCCCUCCCAGCGCCAUAAUGCAAUGCAAGACCAUGUUCUUGUCGCUUAUAAUUCCAGGGCCUGAAUAUUCGGGGAAGAAUUUGAGUGUGUUUAUGCAGCCAUUGGUGGAUGAUUUGCACCAUUCUUGGUACUUCCCGAGGUUGACAUACGACCGGCAUCUGCAGAAAAAUUUCUUGAUGAAAGUUUGGCUACAGUAUUACAUGCAUGACUUUCCCGGCUAUGCCCUAUUCUGCGGAUGGUGUACAAGUGGGAAGAUGCCUUGCCCAGUGUGCGUGCGGGCCUUGCGUUUCAUUUGGCUGAAGAAGGGUGGCAAGUAUGUUGCCUUUGACCUGCAUCGACAGUUCCUCCCUCGAGACCAUCCAGACGGGGACGGCAAGAAGAACUUCACAAAAGGCCUAGUCGUCCAUGAAGUAAACGAGAUUCCAACCUUUUCGGGUGCGGAUGUGCUUGCUCAGCUGAAAGCUCGUAAGCCUGCUGGCGAAGGGAAAGGAAAAGGCAAAGGCAAAGCCACAGGCGAAGACGAGGGCGAGGGCGAGGGCAAAGGAAAAGGCAAAGGGGAAAAAUGUUUUGAAGGAUAUGGUGAGACGCACAACUGGACUCACAUUACCCCCUUCACGCAGCUUCCCUAUUUCAAGGACGUCAAACUUCCAUACAACAUCGAUGUGAUGCACACUUAA